GGGUUCUGGACGGCUCUAGAGAAGGGCAGGCGGCCGCUAUAUAACCGGGAGAGAGGUCGCCCCGCGCCAGUCUGUCGUCAUGUCUCGCGUACUGUGUGUCGUCCUGGCCCUCCUCGGUGCUGCGGCCUCGGUCCGUGCUCAGGACUCGUUCCUGGAGGCCGCCCGCGCCUCCUGCCUUCGCUCCGGUGGGAUCCUGGACUGCGUCAAGUACAAGGUGGCGAACCUCGUCCAUAGGAUAGCGUCCACACAACGGUCCUUGGAUUUGGGACCCAUGCGACUGGUCAGCAUCCCCAAGGCCAACACAUCUGAGGAGAGCAUGUUCCUGUCGAGGGCAGCCACAUACAAGGCUGCUGAGCCUGAGGUCACACAGAUGUUCAAGUACGGGCUACGGCAGGUGGAGGUGUUCCUGUCAUCCCACGGGCUCUCGCUGCCGCUGGGUGGGCUAGGAGUCGGUGGUCCCUCACUGGUCUACGAUGAUGGCUCCAACACCAUCGGAGACGAGCGUGCCGAGGUGCAGGGUCGCAGCCGCAACCUCCAUCUCAUCGUGCCACUCAUGAUCAUGGUCAAGCUGAUGAGCAUCAAGGCCCUCUUGAUCCCAACUCUGCUCGGAGUCGCCGCGAUCAAGAAGUUCAUUAUCCUUACGGUGAUGGCACUGCCUUCCAUCAUGCACAAGCUGAAGGUCUGCAAGAUCGUGCCUCACCUGGUUCACUACACUCCUCACCACUCGCACUCCCACGAAUUCCACGACGACUAUGUCCCUCACCAUUACGACACUCACCAUAGCCACCAUGACGUUCAUAGCCACGAUGUGCACAGCCAUCACAAUGACAUUCACAGAAGGAUCGGACAGUUCCGGUCACUCCAUUAGUAGACAUGUACAGGUUUAUCGAUCAUCAGUACGUUGUGAUUUAUAAAUAGGCAUGAUAUUUAGUUUUAGAGAUUGGACUUUAUUUGAAUGGAAGCCAGUAAUUUUAUUAAAUGAAUUUCAGACAGAUUAAUAUUUUUGAUUCUUAACAGUAUUACGAGUAAAACAGAAUAUUCAAAUCAAUUUUCACUAGGUAUUGAUGAACUUUCAAAGUUCUAAAAUGAAAUGUACUGUAUAUGAUUUAGUUAUGUUUAGUCCAUCAAUUUUAAAUGAUUGAAUACAGUUUUUCAUAUAAACAGUUCAAUUUAAGUCCUCACACUUUAAAUACUUUAUUUUUUUAAAGCUCCAUUAAUAUAUUUACUGCAAUUAAUACAUUCACGAUAAAGUGUAACUUAUCACGUACACACCAGACUUCCAAAAAGCCCAUCAUGUACCAGAUGGGGUACACGUUGUCAUGCAUUUCCUUAUGAGUUUUUUUAUUGUUUCUCUCUCUUGGUAGAUUGUAAAAUAUGAGCCCGCGCUUAAAGAAAUACCUCAAACUAUCAUGUACCUCGUUGGGUCCACGAUUGCUUAAUUUUUUAGGUAAAUUAAAAUUUAAGGUACCCCUUGGAGUACACAGAGAAACGUUGAAAAAACAUUUAGAAAUAAUUCAUUUGUGAAAAAUUGUGCAGCCUACUUAAUUUUCUCGUUAUACUUAGAUCUUUAGAUUAAAAAAAGAUUACAGAUUUUAGCCAUCAUUAUUGAAAAAUUCUACAGCACUUUAACACAACUAGUUUACACAAGAAUAGUGUUCUUGUAAUGUACUUAAAAUUUAAAAUAUACACCUUUCGUGUAUUUAUUAAGAUAAAUCACUGUAAAUUAUCCUUAAAGCUUUUCAAAUCUCUUACUGGCUUUGGCUUGGUUGUAGCAGGACUCGUGGAUAUGUGAAAUUUGUAAACCAAAGUUUAUAUUCCUUGAUUGUAAUUCUCUCUCAUCGUUGUAAAAUAUUUAUCCUUCCAUUACCUAUUCUACCUCCAAAACCUCCUUGAUGUCUUCUAUUGCUAAUUAUUCUUAUAAUUUUUCCUUUAAUAAUAUAGUUAUAGGACUUAGUUUACCUCUUCUGUAGAAUGUACACAAAUGUAUUCACACAAAGGAAUAAAAACAAAUAUUUCUUAUCAACAUCAGAUGUUUCAUAAAACUUGUAUUGGGAUUCACCAGCCUUACUUUCCUAUAAACCUUAUGUUCUUAAAUAUUGUACAGUGUGUUUAUCUGUUGUACAGCUUAUUACAACAAUGUAUAAUUAGUUUGUACUUUUUACCCUAAAUAUCUACAUGAUGUUGAGUGCUUGUCUGUUAAAACGUUUAAAAAUUAUUAGAGCUUAAACACAGUUGUUAAUUAAUAUUUUAAUCUACCCUUUUCCUCAAAAACCCACUUAGUAAUUUAUUAGAUAGCAACAAUAAUAUAUUUUAACUGUGUUCAUGUAUAUUUUAUAAAUUAAAUUCAUUACACUCUUGCUCCUUUA